UUUUUUUUUUUUUUUCUUUUUAUUUUUUUUUACCUUUUUUUAUUAUUAAAAAUAUUUAUUUCUCUCAUGACCUUAUGAUUCUUUCUCGAACUACACCUUCGACAAUCGGAUACAAAUUAGGAAAGAUCUUUUUUUAAAAAUUUUUCUCCAUGUUUGGUCCCAAAUAAUACAUAUAAAUAAUUUUUUUUGGUGUAAUUGGUGUAAUUUAUACGAUCAAAUUAAUCCUAAUCUUAAAAGCGUUUAAGUUGCUCAUCUAUGAAAGUACGUAUUUAGAGUUAGUUUGUAUAUUUAAUAGCAUAAAUCUUUUUGAAAACCAACCUAAGAUUUAAUAAUAACAAUAAUGAUAAUUAUUAUUAUUAUUAUAAUUAUUAUUUGUCAUGUUAUGGGCGUUUUUUUUUAUAAACUAACUGUGUUUGAUUUUUUCUUUAUGUAUUUAGAAAAGAGAGUAAUUACGGCCAAAAAUAAAAAGUAUGAAAAUUUUUUUUCUUUCCUAAAAAAAAAAAAAGAAAGAAAAAAAAAGAGCUCUUAUAAAGUUCUUAUAAAUUACAUCGUAUUUGACCGUUAUUAAAGCAUCCCCUUCUUUGCUAUUUAAAAAUGUCAUAAUUCCUGAUCUAGUCUUUCAACAAAGAUCUAAUGAUUAAGAGCAAUAAUCCUGCAAAUAAUCAACCAGGAGAAAUUAGGUCGAGAUUUAGUUUUUGAUCAAGAGGGUCAGAGGGUCAUCGUUUUCUCGUAACGCUCGCAACGUUCAAGUACACC